UUUUGGUCUCUCGGCCAGUUUUGGGCCACUCCAAGCCAAAUCCCGUGUGGGCCACUCGAGCAGUCGAGUUCGGACUCGGCGUCGAUCGGUUUAGUUUUCUUGCUUGGCCAUAUACGUUUUUUUUUGUGUAUUUUUUCGGGGCGCUUUUCCAAUCCAAUCCAAACCAAUCGCAUCGAAUCGGAAACUGCGGCAAAAAAUCGCACACAGCCAGAGGCAUUAUAUAAACACGAUAUCUGGUCUACGAAACACCUUAAUGCAGACGCAACCUACCUAUACCGGCUAUAAAUAGACCACGGGAAUCGGUAAAUAAAUAAAUCGAAAAGCGGCAAAGUAAAUCGAAAAGUUCUGGGAAUAAAAUUAAAUUGCGACUUUGCGAAAAAGUGUGUGUGUGUUUGCUGGCCAAAUAUACAAUCGGCAUGUAUAAUUGAAAAAUUUGUCUAUAAUGCGAAAGGCGCAAUUGCGGCUUUUGCUAUAAAACUAAACAAAAAAAAAAUAAUAAACAAUAACUUGAUUAUAAACGAAAAGAACAGUUAAUAAAGGGAGAAAGGUGAAAAGAAAAGUGAAAUGUCGUCGAAAUGCAUUUUAUUUCUCACCUGGCUGUGGGUUAUAUUUGGGGCAGGAACAACGGAAGAUCAAGCGAUCAAGCUGCCCGCCUGCGUCGCCAAAGUGGGCGAGUGCGAUGAUAACGAGGGUGUCGUCUGCGGCACCGACGGCCAGACCUAUCCCACCCGGUGCCACCUGCUGCGGGCCCAGUGCUGGGGUCAAGAGGUCAGCGUCAAGUAUCUAGGAUCCUGUAAAGGUUGCCUGGAGGCCUUGAAGUAUGCUCGCCGGCAGAAGCUCCGCAACCCAAACUCCUUUGUCCCCAGGUGCCGGAAGGAUGGCAACUAUGCUGCCGUACAGUGCAUGGGCAAGAACAACUGCUGGUGUGCCGACAGCAUGGGCAGACCCAUCAAGGAUGACCAAUCCACUCGCAACCGUCGGGGCAAGCCGCGUUGCCGGCUGAACAGCAAGUGGCGUCGUCUGGCCCUGCACCAGAUGGGCUUCAAGUCGGACACCGCCGCAGCCGCCUCCAAGGGCAGCACGGAGGUGGGAACCGGCGGGGCUCAGCGGACAUGCAACAAAACGGAUCGUGCCACUUUCAACAGAAACUUGAUGCGGAUUUUUCGCAAGGAGGCAGUGAACUCGGGUCGUCCGCAAUCCAUGCCAGAUGCCGCUGUCCUGGACUGGAAGUUCUCGAAGCUGGACUCGAAUGGUAACCAACAACUGGACCGCCAGGAACUUCGUGAUCUGAAAAAGAUUAUCAAGAGAUCUGUCAAGCCACGAAGAUGUGGACGAGCCUUUGGGAAAUACUGUGAUAUCUUCAAGGACGAUAACCUAUCCCGACUGGAGUGGAGCACUUGUCUGGCCAACGAUUCAAUCAAUCGUAGUGCCAUCAUGAACAUGCUGGCGAGCAGUCCGCUUCCACAAUCCACCCACUACCGCAUUCAUGGCAACCAUCGGGAUCAUACAAACACCAAUGUCAUCAGCAAUCCGCCCACAUACUCCGAGGAUGUGAGUGGUAGCGAAGAGCGCGAGGAUAACUACGAGGACUCUGGCUAUGUGGGCGAGGGCGAGGACGAGGAUACCGAUACAGCAUUUCGAUUACCAAACUCAAGCACUCUCAUGCCGUCAUUAUAUAUGCUUAAUUCCAAGACGGAAACCACCAGUCAGGAUACGGAAAGUGAGCCCAAUUGCUGGAUGGAUAAGGACGUGGCUUUGGAAGAACAAGCUCGAGGUGGCAAGAGCCGUUUCUAUGUCCCGGAGUGCAUGCCGGAUGGACGCUAUCAACGCAUCCAGUGCUACAGUUCCACGCCCUACUGCUGGUGCGUCAACGAGGACACUGGAAAGAGUAUUUCCGGCACAUUGGUGAAGAACACCCGACCGCAGUGCGAAGAGGAGGUGGUAGUGCGACCCAUGAAGGGAUGCACUGAACCGCGAAAGACGCAGUUCCUCAAGGAUCUAAAGGCCUUCCUUAAAACAAGAAUGUUGCCCAGCGGUACCACCUUCUCCAAUGCCUCGACAUGGAAAUCGGAGGAUGAGCAGAUAGCCACUCUUAGCUUCGUCUAUCUGGACCAGAACAAGAACAAACUCUGGGAGCGUCGCGAGUGGAAAGUCUUUCGAGAUUUGGUCACUAGUGCCAGCCACCUGCGCAGGUGUGGCAAGAAGAUGCCCCGCUACUGCGACGCAAAUGGGGACAAAAAGAUCUCACUGGCCGAGUGGCUCAACUGUCUGGAAUCGUCUCCGCGGUUGGAAAAGGCCACCACCGCCAAGCCGGCACAGUCAAAUGAGACGGUGGCCAGCUCGAAACUCACAGGAUUAAAUCCGGUGGAGCAUUAUCUGAAAGAUUAGUUUAUGGAGGACGGGAGGAGACCGUUUCCCCGAUAUGUGCUGCUGCUAUUUGCUACUCAUUAGAUGUCGUUGUGCCAUGACACACACAAAACAUACACACACUACACCCCCAACCACACACAUUAGGGUGGAUCGAUUUUCUUUUAAAAUAAUUUAAAAAUGAAUUAAAAAAUGAGUUAAAUAAGGGAUUUCCUUAAAGAAAAUAUAGUUUCUUUUAUAAAAUUGUGAUUGUAACCAACUUGAGGAGAUACUAGAAUACUUCUUGAAGGAAAUCAAUCCACCCUGAUCGACACACACACAUUCCUAGCAUAUAGAUUCUACGAUUUACAUGUGUAUGUUACUAAUUAUUAAUUAGUGUUGUAAAUAUUAUCUGACAUAAAUGUUUAAGCUUA